GAAAGUAAUAUGUAAAUUAUUAUAACAGAUGAUCUUAAGUGAUCCAAACCAUGCAAUGCACCUAUAAAUAACGCUAGUACCAAGAAGCUCUUAUCAUUACACAUUUGAAUCACAUUCAAAUCAUAUUCUUACAAUCAAAAUAAUGGCAAUUCAUUUUCAAACACAUAUGAUCUUGUUCAUGAUUUUCCUUAUGUCUUGCAAGUUGUGCAUAGGCACAACAUAUCAGCCCUCUGAACUUUGCCCGCCUAUGUAUCCCGUAGGCGUCCCAUUGACUAAGAUGGACAUUGAUUUGCUGCAAUUUGCGGAGAAUCUGGAAUACUUGGAAGCUGAAUAUUUCCUUUAUGGUGCCUUUGGAGCUGGACUGGAGGAAUUUGCACCUCAACUCAACAAUGGAGGCCCUCCUCCGAUUGGCGCAAGGAAAGCAAAUCUUGAUUUUCUUACCCAAAGAAUCAUCGAAGAAUUUGCCUUUCAAGAAGUUGGACACUUAAGGGCACUUAACUAUACGGUUGGUUUGAUCCCAAAACCAUUGUUGGACAUUAGUCCUGAAACCUUCGCGACGAUAAUGAACGAAGCAUUUGAAUACGAACUUGAUCCUCCAUUCGACCCGUAUGCUAACAGCAUCAAUUACAUGCUGGCCUCUUACAUAAUUCCCUAUGAAGGACUUGUAGGUUAUGUUGGAGCAAAUCAAUUCCUUCAGGGCUAUAAGGCCAAGCGUCUUUUGGCAGGGUUGUUGGGAGUGGAGGCAGGGCAAGAUGCGGUGAUCAGAACAUACCUUUACGAAAGAGCUGAAGAGUUGGUGUAUCCCUAUAAUCAUACAGUUGCUGAGUUUACUAUCCGCAUUUCAGAGCUAAGGAAUGUUUUGGCAAGAUGCGGAAUCAAGGAUGAAGGUCUGUUCGUCCCGCGGGAGCUAGGCGCCGAGAUGCGAAUUACGAGCAAUGUUUUAUCAGCUAACAAUGAGUCAAUCUCGUAUGCAAGGACUCCAGAAGAGAUACUCCGGACUGUUUACAACUCCGGCAAUGAAAGCAUCCCGGGCGGAUUCUAUCCCGAAGGUGCAAAUGGAAGGAUCGCAAGGCAAUAUCUAGACUACUAAUACGUCCUGUGUUCGUAUCAACGAGCUGAAUAAACCAUCAUCUAGCAUAUGUAAAAAUAAUGGCCAACUAUUGUAUAUGCCUUGCUACUAAUGCUGUAUAUUUCCAUGGUUUUCUACUUGAUGUGCUGAAAAAUGUCUGGUUUACUGCUGUAUCCAAUGCCUUUGCUUUUCCAUAAAGAUGUGAAAUUGGCAAUAAUCACCAUCCUGAGUUGAUGGCUAUCUUUUCCCAAUAUAUGCCCUGCGGCACCGCCUUCAUCUUCAAAGAGAAAAAUAACAAAUAAAAGAAAAGUGAUGAUAAAGAGUUCCUAACUUGUAAGCCAAUUUGAAAUCAUAAUUUCAUGAUCGUCAAUAAUGAUGACCACUGAAGAGCAACAAUAACUGGCUGCUCUGUAGUCCAGCUACGUCUUCAGAGACAGAGUGCGACCCAUCCUCAACCGGGUGCUCUGUAACUAAAGCCUCUUUAGCUUUCUUAAAACAUUCUUGAUUCUACAUUUAAAAGGAAAACCAAAACCGAAAGCAAUUCCAAUAAAUCGGCAGAAAUGUA